CAACCGCUUUUGACUCAUUAGAUAAUUAGGUUCCAUAUCAGCGGCGCCUUUUGCUAUGGAGCCUGGCGGGAAUUCAGUUCUGCUCGGGCCUUGGGUCACGGUCUUCAGCCUUGUCGCGCUGCUUCUUAUCAAUGGGGUAGUGUGGCUGGUGCGGCGACAUAAGAACGCGACCACGGGCGUCCGUCGCGCCAGGCUGAAUGCCGAGAUAGGUUACCUGCGGCGGGAAAGCGCCAAGCUCAACGCGCCCGCCACCUACGCCAAGUGUGCCAAGUUCCAGCGCCUAGCCAAUGCCAAGGACAAGGAGCUGGCGGAGCUCACCGCCGCACCCGCAGUGCCCGGCCUGGGCGACCGGAUGGUGCUGCUAGCAAAUGCAGUCAAGUUACUGGCAGUGGGCGCUGCCAGCCUGUGGCUGUGGGACACGCCGGUGGCGCAGGUGGCGCCGCGCAGCCUGCUGUCGCCUCUGGGAGGGCUGUUGGCCUUCCCGCGCGGCAGCGAGCUGGCGCCGUUUGGCGUCAUCACGCUCACACCCUGGCUGUUUGUGGCGGACAGCGCCACCAAGUCGCUGGUGCGGGCGGUGUUCCCCACGCCCAGCGCCGGCAGCACUGGCGUGGCGGCCCUAGAUGUAGAGCAGCUGACGAGGGAGGCGGACGCGGCCGGCCGCAUCCGCCCGUACUCGGCAGCUGCCGCGGCGGCGUCGGCGGCAGCUAGCACGCAAGGGUAGUGACCAUGGGUAGAGGCUGGAGGUCGGUGGAGCUGCGCAGUUAAGCGCGGACCCGCUGGGUUGGUAGCAAGUGCUUGGAGGGGCGUCCAUUGCUGCCAGGUGCUCUGUAAUGCGCUAGAUACACAAGACUUAUUGCGUUGUUGACGUUUGUUAUCGAAGAUGCUUGAAGGAAACGAAAUGUGAAAGACGCAAGUAGGUUGUGUUAAGAAGAGCAUCUGUAUGUGUGACAAGACAUGUUGGCAGUCAGUUGCUCCAAGGCCAUGAGUCCACGAGUUGUUAACGCUGGGAUGAGUACUACUUCGGUGCCCCUCGGCAAGGAGCCAUGCGAGCUGGCUUGCGCGGAGGCAAUGACGCCAGGCGAAUCAGGGGCAGGCAGCCAGGCAGGACGGGUUGACAGCCGGCCAUACUGUUGCGAUCAGCACAUCGGAUAUGAUAAAAGUUGUAAAUCUCAUAGCCUUAUACAUGUAAAACAAGCUAGUG